GCUUUAUUUUAACUCAGAACCCAAACAUUCCACGGCUCCAGCCACUGGGCUGUUAGAUAAGUAUUUCUUUCUUGUGUAGGAAAAAGAACUGAUAAUGCUAGAGUGAUGCACAAGGUUUGGAGUUCUUCUAUGUUUUUAUUUUGGUUUUUAUUGGGAUGUCUACUUCAUGUCUGCUUGCCUUAUGCAGAUGAGCUUAAUAGUGUUGAGAAAACAAAAGACUCAUCAGGGAGUAGACAGUUAGAAACUUCUAAAACUUCUAUGGGACAACCCAGAAGCUUGCUUUCAAUACUUCCACCAACAGAAGGAAUAACCCCAGCACAGGAUGCAGUUAAUCCUUCAGAGACCACUCACAUGUUCGCAGCACAUUCUACAAUCCCCAGAUCCAACUCUUGGAAUGAAGUAAUUUCACGUAGGCCUGGUCUUGUUCAUGUAAUUUCAGUUUCAAGCAUUGCCUUUGUCAUUGCCCUGUUAUGUGGGCUCAUGAUCUCCUAUGUGAUAUAUCAACUGGUAAAAGCUGAGGAAAAACAGCAGCUUGCAAUGUUGUAUGAAAAUGUCGAGAUUCCACUUAUAGAUGAGAAAGAGAUAUAUGAAGAUGAUGGUUAUGAUGUGUCUUCUCAGCAGCUUCCAGAGAAUGAGGAUCUGGGAAAAUUCAUUGGCUCAGUUAUUAAAAUUAAAAGAAUGGAAAACAUUAAGAAGAAAAUGAAGGGAGAGCAAAAUGUAUUGAAGGGAACGAUAUCAGAGAAUUCCAGUAACACCAAAAAAGUAGAGAGUCACGAAAAAAAUGGAGAAAGAUGAAAACUCAGGAAAGCUGUGAAAACAAAAGAAAGGUGUACCAUGUGCUAGACAACAUGGAGAUCAAACUGCAGAGAUACCAGACAACUGAGAAUACAAACAGGACUUCUAGAGAACCUUGUCCAAAAAUGUUCUACAGAAAGAAACAUGAGAAGCAGGUAGCAGAAAAUAAAUUCAUAUGAUACCAAAA